AUGAAAUACGCUACUAUUGGUUCCCUCGUUGCCGCCGCUGCUGCCGUCUCCGGCCAUACCAUUCUCAAUGAACUUUACAACAGCGCAGGCACCUCUUUCGGUCUUCACAACUGUCUGAGGUUACCCAGCUACGAUGGGCCCAUCACUGAUGUAACUUCUUCCUCCAUGACGUGUAAUGGAUCGCCAAACACCUUGGAUACCGUGUCGACCAAUGUCUGUAGUAUCGCUGCGGGUUCGAAGAUAACUCUCCGUUGGGGUCACACUCUCACCUCUGGUUCCAACGACGUGAUCGAUGCCUCCCACAAGGGACCCAUCAUGGUCUAUAUGGCAAAAGUAAGCAAUGCGGCAACAGGAACGCCGCCAACAUCUGGCUGGUUCAAGAUCUACCACGCUGGUCUGUCCAAUGGAAAGUGGGCAGUUGACACUCUUAUUGCCAAUGGUGGCAAGCUUACUGUCACUAUCCCCUCUUGCAUUCCAGCAGGACAGUAUCUCAUUCGUGGGGAAAUUAUCGCAUUACACGCCGCGAGCAGCUAUCCAGGUGCUCAGCUCUACAUGGAGUGCGGAAACCUCAACGUGACUGGAGGCGGUUCUAAGACGCCUACGAACACUGUCUCAUUCCCAGGUGCCUAUAAAUCCACCGAUCCAGGCAUCACGUACAAUCUCUACAACGGGCAGACGACGUACACCAUCCCAGGUCCAUCUGUUUUCACUUGUUAA